AUGAAAGUUGUCCGGAAGCAAAUAACCGAACUCAAUGAGGCAGAUGCCAAAGUACAAGCGGAGAUGAGUCACAUUGCAAUUUCUGGUAGAAACGAGUUCUCUCGAGGCGCCAUCCAACAAGAUUUUGCCAGUGGUAUUCGCGAGCUUGACCACGAACUUGCUGAAGAGACCGAUGCGUCCAACUUCAAUCCUGACGUCGAUGUUCGUGAUUACGACAGAGUUGCUCAAUCACUGCCUGUAUUUUGCGUCUCUUCUCGGGCCUAUCAAAAGCUUUCUGGACGUUUCCAGAAGGAAGCAAACGUACCUGGGUUUCAAAACGUCGAGGAAACUGAAGUUCCUCAACUUCAAGCUCAUUGCAAGAAGUUGACUGAAGCUAGUAGGGAAGCAAACUCUCGUCGCUUCCUAAAUACCCUGGAUCAACUCCUAAACUCUCUUCGACUCGUGACCUCCUCAGACGGUGUUCAAGUUACCGACAAGCAGAAAGCAACUCGAGCCGCUAUCAUUGAGGGUACCUAUAAUCAACUUGACAAAAAAAUCGUCGAACAUAUCAAAAACAUCUGUGAUCAAAUAGCUGAAGAGAUUGAAUCCGACAUAAUUGAGGCCUGUAACAAGGCAACUCCUAUGGCAUCUGAAGCUGCCAUUGAGACAGUAAUUCGUUGGGGCGCACCAGUCAACCGUUUCAAUCGUGUGGAAGGAGGAUUCUUCUGGGCCACUUACAAAGCCUUGUGCCGUCGUGAUGGCGUUUAUGCCAAUGCUCAAGGGCCUCAUGACUGGAAUGCCAAGCUGAUAGAACCUAUCAUGAAAGCUGUAGCUCCGGGCUGGGAGAAAAUCUUUUCGCGACGAGUUCAGACAAUCCUCCAUAAUGCUGGAUCAGAAAGUGCGAAGCUUCUCAAAGAGUUCCAUGACACUGUUUAUAAGAAGAUUACUCAAGCGACCGGGCUACUCGGAAGCCUCCAUAUGCUCUCGCAGCAGUUGCGCAUCUAUCAGCAAUCUGUCAAGGAGCUUUUCAACUAG